AUGAAGACUAUUGUCGAUGAUGUCCUUACAAUGUCGAAGCUGGAUUCCGGACUCUUCGUCAUGACACCGGUCGAUGUCCCGCUUCAGUCAAUCGCUCGCGAUGCAGUUAAGAUGUUCGAGGGUGAAGCCAAAGCCGCCGGCGUCGCCCUAGAGUAUCACGCCGAGGCUUCUUGCAGCAACACAAGCAUCAAUUAUGUUUCCUUAGAUCCGACACGCGUCCUCCAAAUUUUGAUUAACCUCAUCACCAAUGCUAUCAAGUUUACAAGGCUUGAGGAGACGCGUCACAUCAGCGUUAGGCUGGGUUUAUCUACCGAACCACCACUUCAAGGACUCGAUGAGCGUGUGAAGUUUCAUCGUACGCCUGGGGCGGAAGUGUCGCACACUCUGCAGACAGAUUGGGACAAGGGAAAGGUUGCGUACAUGAUCUUCUCCGUGCAUGACACAGGCCGUGGAUCUGGUCUUGGUCUCUUUAUCUCGCGCCGGCUCACCGAACUUCAUGGCGGCGCCAUCAGCUUCGCAUCAAAAGCCAAAGUCGGCAGCACCUUCUCCUUCUACGUAAAAUGCCGCAAAGCCUCCCUGCCCUCGCCUCAGGACGAAACCGCAACCGACCUCAGCGUACGCGCACAGUCCACCGUUCUCGCCAAUCGCUCUCGCGACGACACAGACAAGCCUCCAGCCAUCGGCCGCAAGCUGAGCGAAAACAAAGAGGGAAAUGCCCACGUCAAGGUUCUCAUCGUCGAAGACAACCUCGUCAACCAGCGUGUGCUAGCAAAGCAACUAAGAAAUAUCGGCAUGAACGUCGCCGUUGCGAACCACGGCGUCGAAGCCCUCGACUACGUCCGCAAAACAACAUACUGCAUCCCCGACGAGGGAUCCGCAACACAGGAACUAUCGCUGAUCCUGAUGGACUGGGAGAUGCCCGUAAUGGACGGCCUAACCUGCGUGCGCGAGAUCCGCAAGCUACAGUCCCAAGGAAUCGUAAGGGGACAUAUUCCCGUCAUCGCAGUAACGGCCAAUGUGCGCAGCGAGCAGGUGACGGAGGCGCUCGAAGCAGGCAUGGACGACGUCAUCAGUAAGCCGUUUCGCAUCCCGGAGUUAUGCGCUUGUAUGCAUAAGACUAUUCUCAGUGUGAAUGUGAAGUGGGGGAGUAAGGAUGAUAUGAAAUGA